AUGGCCCCCAUAAACGAGCUGCGUGUAUCGCUGAGCCCACGCCUCCUUUUCUGGGUUUUGGUCUUGGGCUUCGUCACCAUGGUCCGCAGCAACCUCUCGGGUGCGGAGCCUGCAGGCCCAGGGCCUGGAGGGACCGCACCUAUCCGGCCAUUCCGCCUUGAUCAAGUGUCUCUCGGUGAUGGCUUGUUUCAAGAGAAGCGCGACCGGCUCAAGUCGUUCAUCAAGGAGUAUGAUGAGCGGCGCUUCCUGGUUCUCUUCAACAACCAAGCCGGCCGGCCGAACCCAAACAGCGUGGACGUACCCGGCGGCUGGGAGGAUGGCGGGCUGCUUAGCGGGCAUUGGACCGGUCACUACAUGACUGCCCUUUCCCAAGCAUACGCCGACAAGGGCGAGCCGGCCUUCAAGGACAAACUCGACUGGAUGGUCAAUGAGCUCGCGGCCUGUCAAGUGGCCAUCACCACCAGGAUGAACGACGUUUCCCCCAGGGAUGGAGACGCCGCUUGGGUCCCCACGCAUCCGGGCUACCUGGGUGCGCUCCCGGAAGACACGGUCCUCCGGCUCGGCCCGCCGCGGUGGGCCGUUUACGGAAGCAGUCUCGCCAACAACACUUGGGCGCCGUGGUACACGCAGCACAAGAUCAUGCGCGGGCUGCUGGACUCGUACUACAACACGAAUAACUCCCAAGCCCUCGAGGUCGUGGAGAAGAUGGCUGACUGGGCAUACCUCGCGCUGAUCAUUGGCGACAAGAACAAUCCAAAGUAUACCGGCAACUUGACCAGGGACGACCUCAACUACAUGUGGGACCUCUACAUUGCCGGCGAGUUUGGCGGCGCCAACGAGGUGUUCCCAGAGAUCUACCAGCUGACCGGUGACGCCAAGCACCUGGAGACUGCCAAGGCGUUCGACAACAGGGAAUCGCUCUUCGGUGCCGCCGUAGACGACCGAGACAUCCUCGUCGUUUCGCCGGGUCACAUCCCCGGUCGCCGCCGCCAGGCACGGCUCCACGCCAACACGCACGUGCCCCAGUUCAUCGGCUACAUGAGCGUCUACGAGCACGGCGGUGAGCGAGAAUACCUGGACGCGGCCAAGAACUUCUACGGCUGGGUGAUGCCGCACCGCAGGUUCGCGCACGGGGGCAUCGGUGGCAACUACCCCGGGUCCAACGACAACCCGGAGCUGUUCCAGAACAGGGACAACGUUGCCAAUGCCAUGGCCCACGACGGCGCCGAGACGUGCACGACGUAUAACCUGCUCAAGCUGGCGCGCUACCUGUUCCUUCACGAGAAUGAUGCCGCGUACAUGGACAACUACGAGCGUGGGCUGUUCAACAUGAUUGCUGGGUCUCGCGCGGACACGUCCGACAAUAGCGACCCGCAGGUCACCUACUUCCAGCCGCUCACCCCCGGCACCGUCCGAGACUUUGGCAACACGGGAACCUGCUGUGGGGGUACUGGGAUGGAGAGCCACACAAAGUACCAAGAGACAGUCUACUUUCGCUCCGCAGACGGAUCUGCGUUGUGGGUUAAUCUUUAUGUUCCGUCCACGCUCAACUGGGCGGCCAGAGGUUUCCGUAUCAAGCAAGAGACGGGCUUUCCAGGCGAAGACACGACAAAGAUCACCAUUGACGGACAUGGUCCGCUCGAUGUCAAGUUACGGGUGCCGGGGUGGGUGCGUGAAGGUUUUAAGGUCGCUAUCAACGGACGCCCAAUCUCCGGCACAAAAGUAGAGCCUGGAUCGUACCUUACCUUGAGUCGGGCCUGGCAGCGUGGCGACACGGUAACCGUGCAGAUGCCGUUUACCAUGCGGAAUGAGCGCGCUCUCGACCGUCCAGACACGCAGUCUCUCAUGUGGGGACCUGUCGUGCUUCAAAUCAUUGGCAACGCCACCACGGAGAGCGGUUACCAUGAGCUGUCGCUCUUCCGCUAUCUGAAGCGCGAUGGGGACUACGCCCGGGCAGUGGUCAAGCAACAACACCCAACCUCGGCUGGCGAUCCGCUCUUCAAGACAGCCGACGGCUUGCUUGUGCGUCCCUACUACAUUGGAGACGGGAGCCCAACGUCGUCAUACUUUCGUCGUGUAGAGCCAGACGUGGUCUUUGGUACGAUUAACACUAAAGUGCCGAACCGGAAGCGCAACGACGGCUUGCCGAACUACGAUGUGCCGGUUGAGGGUUUCCCGUCGCCGGGUACGGAUGGGCCAAGCUUUCUCGACGUUCUUUGGGACCAGGCGCCUUUCGCGACGCACGUCGCGUUUAUACGCGCAGUCACGUCAACUCUGAAUUCGUUUGUGAAGGAUGGAGUCUAUACAUCCAAGGAGCGGAAUAUUAUUGUUGAGAAAGCUCUUAUGGCAGAAAAGGAACUUGCUCCAUAG